UAUAAGUCAAUAUCGUAAUCAACUCCGAAGAUAUAAUAUUUUUCGAUUUCGAGACUAUAAUUUUAACGGCUUUUACCUUGAAGGCUCGAUACCAAGAGGAGGACAUGCCUCCUCCCCCCUCCCCUCCUCAUCCAGCUGUCUCGGCGGUGUCCAAUAUUGACAACGUAUCAUCCAGGCAAGGAUCUCUGGAACGUGUCGCCAGCGGCCAACGGAAAAGGCGCGAGUCCAUCGAGCAAACUGUUGUCAAGGAGCAGCAGCAACAACAUCCAGAGGAAGGUGAUUUUACUUUCCACACUGCAAAGAAGUAUUGUAAUCGCAAAACGUUUCGAAAAUGAGAUAUGUCUUUUGGAUACCUACAUCACGAUUUCUACCAAUCUGUCUGUCUGUCCACUAAUCC